UUCUCCUUUUCAUAUUUUUUUUCUCUCUCUAAAGUGGUGAGAAUAUUUUAUUGUUAGAGCACAUGUUCUUCAUCUGAUCCAUCUAUAUACUAAGUAGAAGAAUAAUAAUAUACACGUAUAUAUAAAGUUCUGGGAAAUUUCCACAUAUUUUCUAGUACUAAUUUCUUUCUAUGUUUAGUCGGUGAUUUUUGGAAAAUAUUUGAAUUGUAUCCAAAAUUACCAAUACCCAGAAGCAGAGGCAGUGAAGAAACAGCUAUGGUAGAGACCGCAAACCACCACCACCAGCCACCGCCAAGUCGCGCGGUUCCGUCACUACCUCUUGGAGCCGCCAAAGGCCCUAUUUUUCCUCCGAACGAGCAACUCCUUCAACUCCACUACUGCAUCCACUCCAACCCUUCAUGGCCACAAACAGUUUUACUGGCUUUUCAACACUAUAUUGUGAUGCUUGGUACUGUAGUUAUGAUUGCCUCAAUACUUGUUCCUCGAAUGGGUGGCGAUGCUGGUGAUAAGGUCCGUGUGAUUCAAGCGCUGCUGUUCAUGUCGGGUGUGAAUACGCUCCUGCAAACCCUUUUUGGGACAAGACUUCCUACGGUGAUGGGUCCAUCAUUUGCUUAUGUGCUAUCAGUGUUGUUGAUCAUCAAUGACCUCUCUGGUAGAGACUUCACAAGUGAACACCAGAGAUUCCUCCACACUAUAAGAGCCAUUCAAGGAUCUCUGAUCGUGUCUUCCAUCAUUAAUAUUGUGCUAGGAUAUUUUAUGAUAUGGGCGAAGUUCACAAGGCUCUUCAGUCCUGUUGUUAUUGUACCAGUGGUUUGUGUGGUUGGUCUUGGUCUGUUUGGAAGGGGCUUUCCCGAGCUAGCAAAUUGUGUGGAGAUUGGCCUGCCCAUGCUAAUAUUUCUGGUCAUAGUCCAACAGUAUCUGAAGCACAUUCACCCACGCACCUAUUCCAUACUCGAGAGGUUUGGUUUGCUCCUCUGUAUUGGGAUUGUAUGGGCUUUUGCUGCUAUUCUCACUGCAGCUGGUGCUUACAAUAACGUUCGGGAGCAAACAAAGCAGAGUUGCCGAAUAGAUAGUUCCUCUCUCAUGUCAUCUGCUCCAUGGGUCAAAAUUCCAUACCCUUUUCAGUGGGGUGCUCCUAUAUUUAGAGCAAGCCAUGUAUUUGGGAUGAUGGGAGCUGCUCUUGUUUCAACGGCAGAGUCCACUGGAACAUUUUUUGCUGCUUCACGGCUUGCAGGUGCUACAGCCCCUCCUGCAUAUGUGCUUAGCCGAAGCAUUGGUCUGCAGGGUGUUAGUCAGCUGCUUGAUGGGGUAUUUGGUGCCGUUGUUGGAACUACCGCAUCAGUUGAAAAUGUUGGCCUGCUUGGACUAACUCAUGUUGGCAGCAGAAGGGUGGUGCAAGUAUCGACUGGUUUCAUGAUUAUCUUCUCGAUAUUCGGAAAGUUUGGUGCCUUCUUCGCAUCAAUACCUUUGCCAAUAUUUGCUGCCAUAUACUGUGUCUUGUAUGGUAUUGUUGCUGCUACUGGGAUUACGUUCAUUCAAUUUGCAAACAAAAAUUCAAUGCGGAACAUCUACGUACUGGGUCUCUCUCUGUUCCUUGCUAUAUCAAUACCACAAUAUUUUGUCAUGAACACUGAUGCAGCCGGUCAUGGACCUGUUAAAGCUGACGGUGGCUGGUUCAAUGAUAUUCUGAAUACAAUCUUCUCUUCACCUCCUGCCGUGGCGAUGAUUGUGGCGACACUGCUAGAUAACACGCUUGACGCGAAGCACUCAGCCGAAGACCGAGGUCUUCCAUGGUGGGUUCCCUUCCAGACCAGGAUGGGUGAGAGCAGAAAUCAGGAGUUCUACAGCUUCCCACGUAAGUUACAUGAGUUGGUCCCCAGUAGAUUUCUCUAGACACACCUCAUGGUCUCUAUCGUCCUUUGUACAUUACUCUGCGGUAUAAAUUUGAUGCUUAUAGUGUGAGAAAAGUUCCAUUUCCAUCCAAUUUUCUCAUCUUGUGUGUAGAUCAUAGACAAAAUUUGUACAGUCUAUGUAGUAUGAAUUUGUUUUGGCUCUAUCGAGAAUUGGCAUUUAGCCUUCACUUGGGGGUUAAAAUCUGAAGUAACAUGAAUUAUUAAUAAAUUAGAUAGGAGCAAAUUGUUACUUCUCCUAAAUACAUUUGUUUAUUUGGGACCUCACAAAUUGUUACUUGUGAAACAUUUUUAAAAUCAAGCAAUGCUAUAAUUGUUGAUA